AUGACGUUCCACCCUAAAUCCCUACCAAAUCUCAAAGGCAAAGUCUUCAUCGUGACAGGAGGAAACUCAGGCAUUGGCUACUAUACCGUCGCACAUCUGGCAGAACAUGGCGCGCAUGUGUACAUGUGUGCUCGGAACUCGAAAAAGGGUACAGAAGCCAUAAGCGAAAUCAAGAAGAUGCAUCCCGCAGCUCAUGUCGACCUUCUACAAAUGGACCUUAAGGAUCUUAAGAGCGUUGUUGCGGCAGCGCAACGCUUUCUCACACUCGAGACAGCGCUGCACGGUCUUGUCAACAAUGCAGGCAUCAUGGCGACACCAUUCGAGCUCACAAAAGACGGCUACGAGGCGCAAUGGCAGACAAACUAUCUGGCGCACUGGGUGUUCACACACCACCUCAAGCAGAUGAUGUUGGACACCUCCAAGACUCUGCCCCCCGGAAGCGUGCGCAUCGUCAACAUCACCUCAUCAGGGCACUUGAGCGCCCCAAAUGGUGGCAUCAACUUCGAAGACCUGACACUGAAGGAUGCUACUCCGAUGAUCCGUUAUGGGCAAAGCAAGCUCGCCAAUAUCCUGCACACUAAGUACCUGCAUAAGGCGUACGGUGCAGGUUCCCCCAGUGCCCACAACAACGAUGGUGAAAUCUGGACGUCUUGUGUACAUCCAGGCCUGGUAGAAACAAAUAUCGCAGACGGAGUGGAUAAGGCAGGCUUCUUUAUGACUAGUUUUAUAUCUGUCUUACGGAUGACUGGCAUGUUUUGGUCGGCAGACAAAGGCUCGUACAACAGCUUGUUCUGCGCUGCAAGUGAAGACAUGAAAGCGGAUCAGAGUGGUGCGUAUCUAGACAUCUUUAACCGCUUUGGCGAACCAUGGUGGGAGAGUGGUCCAGCAAAAGACGUAGAGCUUGCGGAUAAAUUGGAACAGCACACUCAGCAGAUGAUGGAAGCGAACAAAGGACUCUAA